AUGACCCUGUUUUGGGGCUUUGUCGGAGGAGUAGUGCCGUGGUUUAUCCCCAAAGGACCAAACCGUGGGGUUAUUGUUACAAUGCUGGUGCUAACUGCAGUCUGCUGCUAUUUGUUCUGGCUGAUUGCAAUUUUGGCUCAACUAAAUCCACUUUUUGGACCGGCUUUGCGCACUGAUAUUAUCACCUAUCUCUAUUAUCGCUGGCCUUAA